UACAACCAAAAUAACUACUUGAUCAUUUCUCUAACACGAGAAAGUGAGUGAUGGCGCCAGCAAAAGGAGCAUCAAGUGAAGCCACUUCAAAAGUAGAAGCAUCCAAGGAUGCCUUGUCCACUGUGGCCCACAAGGCACCUAUAACUGCCCAAAGGAAACUCCCAGAAGACUUGGAUACCAAGCUCCCCAAAGCAUAUAUGCCAAGAGCUCUGGUUGCUCCUGAUACAGAGAACAUGAGUGGAACAUGGGGCCAUAAGCAUAAUGACAUGUCUGUGCUUCAGCAACAUGCAGCCUUCUUCGACAUUGACAAUGAUGGUAUUAUCUAUCCAUGGGAGACAUUCAAAGGAUUUCGUGCACUUGGUUUCAAUGUGGUUUCUUCCUUCAUAUUUACAAUUAUUCUUCAUGCAGCUCUCAGUUAUUCUACUCUUCCUACAUGGUUACCUUCACCUAUGUUACCAAUUCACAUACAAAAUAUACACAGGGCUAAGCAUGGAAGUGACUCAGGGAGCUAUGACACAGAGGGAAGGUUCAUCCCAGCAAAUUUGGAAAUAAUGUUCAGUAAGUAUGCUCAUGAAGUGCCUGACAAAUUGACAUUCAGGGAGCUAUGGCACAUGACUCAAGCCAACAGUGUUGCAUAUGACUUCUUUGGAUGGGCUGCCAGCAAAUUAGAGUGGGGAGUUUUGUAUAUUCUAGCCAAAGAUGAACAAGGUUUUCUGUCAAAAGAAGCUGUGAGACGUUGUUUUGAUGGAAGCUUAUUUGAGUAUUGUGCUAAAAGGCGCAAGGGUACAGUUGCAAAAAUGGCUUGACAACAUCUCCAGUAAAUUUUCUUAUCAAUAUUAAAUGUUAGGAGGAUAAGAUUAAUGUUCACCUUGAUAUGUAGAUGACAGUGCUUCUAGCUGAUUUAUUUACCAGUUGAAAGAGCAAAUAAUUUAGCAAAGUGCCUUUCUUCUUUCUACCUUUAUAGUUUAUACAGUUGAAGCACCAUAUUUACUCAA